AUGAUGUGCAUUUCAAAUAUUGAUGAUAUUUUACAAGUAGUACAGAUGAUAAGAGCUGAACCUGAUGAAGAAUAUAAAUAUUUAUUUGAAGAAACACAAGAUUUUGCUAAAUUAGUAGAAACAACAAUAGAAAUGCCAAGAAUUACUAAACGUCAAUCAAAUAGAAAUAAUAUUCCAGCUUCUUCUGCAUAUGAUUAUUUUAAAUUAAAUAUCUUUAUUCCACUGCUUGAUCAUUUUUUGGUUGCUAUUAAAGAUAGGUUCAAUGAACAUGCCAAAAAAGCAGCAGCAAUCUCAUCUAUUGUACCACAAUAUAUUGGAAACAAAAAUUAUGAUGAUUUAGCCACAGCUCUCGAAAUUUAUCAAAAGUUUUUACCGGGUUCAUCAACUGAAAUUAAAUCAGAAUUUCUAUUAUGGAAAAAAAGAUGGACACAACUUAUUACAGAUAAUGAUUCUAAUCCAUUAUCACCUUCUUCAAUCAACAACUACAAUUCACCUACAAAAAAACGCAAAGAACAAAUAAUUUUACCCGAUACAGCAAUUGAUGCUUAUCUCCAAUGUUCUGAAGCCUUCUACCCAAAUUUAAAGAUUUUAUUGAAAAUAUUUUCAACUCUACCGGUGUCAACAUCAACCGCUGAACGAACAUUCUCUGUUUUAAAAUUACUAAAAAGUUAUUUACGUUCGACCAUGUCGGAAAAUAGACUGAAUGGACUGGCGAUGAUGUACAUUUAUCGUGAUUUUGAUGUAAACAUCGAUUCUGUUAUAGAUGAAUUUGCAAAAAAAAAUCGUCGUCUAGUUUUUUAA